CCACAAGCUAGAAUUGGAUUCCUGUGUAAUUGUGGUGAGAAGAGAAUACUAUAUUCAUCUUUUAGGGUUUAUUUCAAAAGAGAGAACAAUUAAUUUGGGAAUUCCACCCAAUUAUCCGAUCAUUUCUGGAUUUGUUUGAGGAAAAAAACAAAGAUGGGGUUGAAGAUAAUGGAUGCUACAGUAGCAAGUUUCAAUGAUGUAUUCAGGAAAUUUAGAGAGGAAGCUGCAAAUAACAAAGCUAACCUCAUCCUCUUCUUGGCUGACAAUGAACCUUCUACUUCUCUCAGCUGGUGUCCUGAUUGUGUGAGAGCUGAACCAGUUAUAUAUAAGAAGUUGGAAGAGUGUGGAGAAAAUGUGGCGCUUUUGCGAGCUUAUGUGGGUGAUCGACCAACUUGGAGGACCCCUGUGCACCCUUGGAGGGUAGAUUCUAAGUUUCAGCUUAAGGGUGUUCCCACCCUUAUUCGCUGGGAAAAUGAUGAUGUUGCUGCGCGUCUUGAAGACCAUGAAGCGCACAUUGAAUCAAAGAUCAGUACCCUUCUUGCUUAGAUGCAGAAUUAGUAGGCAGAUGCCUCCCUAAAACUGAAAUAAUAAAUUUGCUUAGAUGGUUGGUUGUACCUGCGCCUGGGUAGUAGUGUACACUGUUUGGUGUUCUAACAUUAGAAACAUUUUAUCCCAAGUAAGGUUGUUACUUGCUAAUAAAUUUUCAGAGGUUUACAUUUUA